AUGCUGAUAACAUCACCGCCUCCGUCGCCACCACUAUCACCAAAAAAAGGUUUCUCUCGAUUUCCAGCCCACGAGCUUCUUAGUGAUAUCGGCUUGGAUAUCAAUUUCAAACGACCGGAGAAGAAGAGUCGCUAUCCACGAGAACAUCAAAACGGGCGAAAAGCGCAAGGCGAAAACCAGAACAACGUCAGCACGCAACAAACGACAACAUUCAGAAGCCACCCUCAACCGCACGCUGCUAAUCAAAGUGUACCCAAAUUACCCUCAGCUCUUGAAACGCAUGAAGAUAAGAAACUUCAAAAAUCUGCAAUAUGGGAUGAGCGCAAGUUCGUACGAACCGUUGUGCGUCUUGGAAUGCUGCUUCAGGGUAUACACGACAAGGCGCCCGCGAAUAUUAUCGAUGCGAUUGAUGAAGCAUUGAUUGCUAGGGAAGAGGUAAUUAGACGUAAUGUAGAAUCAAACGCGAAUCAGCAAGAAAUCCACGUGGAACCGUUUCUAUGUCACCCAUCUCCACAAUCCGCCGAUGCUUGCCGCAUAUCGUCACAAGCCCGUUACCGUUAUGGACGUGCUUUGUGGAGGCUUAUACUUCUAAGACUUGUAGUUGGUGUGGCAACAUUCAAAAAAUCGGAGUGUUAG